CUUUAACUUUUUAUUUAUUCACUUCAUGCUAUAUAUUGAAGUAAUUAUACUCUUUUAAUUUCCCCCUUUUCCCAGCGUUGAGGCGGUAUUGCAUUUAUUCUAUUUUUUCUUUUUCUUUUAUUUUUCUUUUCUUUUCUUUUAUUUUAUUUUUUCUAAAGAUCAGGAAUUUUAUUGAAAAAAAAAUUAUAUUUCAUGAUAGACAAUUUAUAAAUCCCCACCUUCUACAUGGCCAUCAGCAGGGGAGAAUAAAUUGGAAAAAUUGAGAAACAUUAAAUAACUUGAAAACUAGGUCUCGAUUCUGCAUCAUGUGCAAUCUCUGACUGAAUAUGAGAUGGAAAAUAGAUAUUGACGUCUGAAGCUCUUGUUUUAGAUGCUUCAUUUGCUAGAAAAUCAGCAACACAAUUAGCUUCCCGAAAACAAUGCAUUAUCUUCCAACUUAUAGAAUUCAAAUAAUCCUUCACUGACAUCCAAAGCUGAAAAGCAAACCAAAGACUGGAUUGGGAUUGAAGAGCCACCACCACUGCUACAUAAUCCAUUUUAAUCCAAAAAGCAUUAAUCUGUAACUCUUUGGCUUAAAAAAUUCCUUCCAUAAGAGCUAUGAACAAACUUAUUAAAAGAACUCAUUUUACUUUAAAUUUUUCUUUAAUCAUUUCAUGCUAAUGAAGUUAUAUUCUUUUCCCCCCUUUUCUAGCAUUGACGUGGUAUUGAAGUUAUUCUAUUUUUUCUCUUCUUUUCGUCUCCUUUACCUUUUUCUUGAAGCAACUUUGUGCUACUGAAGUUAUUCUCUUCUUCCCUUUUAAUUCUUUUAUAUUAUUUUAUUUUAUUUUAUUUUACUUCCAACAUUGAGGUGCUAAUAAUUAAAUUUAUUUUGUUCUCUUUUUUAAUUUAAUUUAAUUUAAUUUAUACAUUUUAUUUUUUUUACAUUGACUUUUUAUAUUGAAAUAUUGAACAAAUAGCUUUGCCUUUUUCCAUUUAUUCGUCAUUCAAUUUAUUAUAUGAUUGAGACCAAAUCACUUAUAGUUUUGUAGAAAAUAAACUUAAUUUCCUACCUACAAAUUGUCUCUCCCUAAACAUUCAAGGUCUCUUUUUUUUUUUUUUCCUUUAAUUUAAUUUUAUUUUUCAUUUCAACUUUGGUUUUAUGGAAAAAUUUUGAAAGUAUUAAUUAGAUAUAUUUUGUUAUGGGAGGGUUCCCUCUUACGCUUAUGUGUAGUUUUGGGUGUUAGAGGAGGGUAUAAUAUGGGCCGGGUUGGGUUGGAAUGAUCUUAGCAUAGUUGGGCCUAGACAUAGGCAUUGCAAGUUUAGGUUGGUUUGGAAUGAUUUUGAAGACCUAGGGUUGAGUUGGGGUUUUAAGAAACCCGGCCCUGUUUCACCCCUACCACCAACAGUCUCCCCAUCACCCCCCCACCACCAUCUAUAUAUAUAUAUAUUUGUGUUUUUGUGGGAAGAACCGUACUUACAAGCAAAGGAGAGAUCACUUUGUGAGGUACAAAGUGGUGUAGAGAUUUUUUCAGGUUUAGUGAAAAACUUUUAGUUCUCUCGGAUAGAUGUAGACAAUUUUUCCGAACAACAUUAAAUUCCUUGCGUAGUAUGCUUGUUUACUUGGUUUAUUCCUCGUGAUUGUACAUUUGUUGCCAACAAGUUUUUCUUAAAGUAGAAAGAAUCCCUUGGUCCAUUCGCACUCUUUUAUUCGAAACCAAUUAGUUUGAUGCAAAUUUUUACUUUUUUUUCUUGAGCUUUAAUAAUUACAUUUCCUUUUUCUUUUUCUUUUUCCCUUUUUUUUUUUCUCGAUUUACUUACAAAUAUAUAGGUGCAACCUAAAUAAAAUAUGGCCUUAAGCUUCUCAGUCAUCUCUUGCAUUAUAGGCAAGAGUCAUAGGAAAAGAAGCGUCAUAAAUUUCUGCUACAACUGCUUUGGGGGGUUGUGGAGCAGAUGGCCAACACUGAAAUCACUCCUUGUUUGAAUAAACUGGAAUACAUGCUGUUAUCGGAUGUAGAUUCGCUUCACGAAGUAGAGGACCAACUCUGGUCGCUGCAUUGCAUGUUAACCCGGCUAUCCUCGUUUCUAAUGGAAGUCCAAAGAAAGCAAAGCGUCGACUUCAUGGAGCAGAGACAAAAAGCCAUGGAAAAGUUCGCGAUGGAAGUGAUGACCCUAGUCCGAGGGGCUGAAGAUGAUACGGAUUCAUAUCUGAAUACCAUAAGAAGAGAAGGGCUUCUGUCGCCGACGAGGGAUGAAGCUCGUGAAGAUAUGAGAAGCCAAAUAAAGAAAACGAUGGAAGCGCUGAAGGAUUCGCACUCGCGCUUCGUUAGAUCUACACAGUCUUAUUGUGCUUCUGGCACUUCAUUGUCAUCAAAGAGGCGGCCACCACCACCGAUUUAUCAAGAUGAUGAUGAUGAUGAUGAAGUAGUAGUAGGCCUGGAAGAUGAGUUCAGAAAGAUGCUAGAUCUGCUGCUGCUCGGGGAGGAGGAGGAGGAGGAGAAGGAUACUCGACGAGGACGAUGUAACGUGAUUCCCAUCGUUGGGCCUGGAGGGAUGGGGAAGACAACUCUUGCUCGACGAGUUUAUAAUCACCCAGCCAUUGUGGAAUACUUCGUUUGUCGUUUAUGGAUUUACGUAUCUAGAGACUACAAGUUGGAAGAGGUGUUGCAGGACAUCAUAGAGCAGAUAAAGUGGCCUACAACUGCUGUUGCAAAAGAAGACGAGAUCAGACAGGAGGAGGAGAAGAUGAGCCUCAAAGAUUUGGCGUUUCAAACGAAGAAGCUUCUGGAAACUACUCCCACCAGGUACCUUCUUGUUUUUGAUGAUGUUUGCAAAACCCAAUUCUGGGCUGACAUUCAUAUGGUCUUCUCCAACAACAAAAACAAACGUCGUGGUGGUGGAAGUAGGAUAAUUUUCACUACGCGCCAUGAUGCGGUGGCUUCACAUGCGAGGCCAUAUAGGCCUCCUUUUUAUUUGCGUCGGCUUUCAAAGGAAGAGAGUCGGGAGCUUUUCUCAAAGAGAGUAGCUGGGUUUUUACAGCAUAAUUCUUGUUCCCCUUCCCAGCGCAACAUCAUCCAUGACGAUGAAGACCCUCAUCGCCCAUGGGAAGCAUGGGUCGAUGCAUGUGGUGGGAUACCAGUCACAAUUGUUGCUUUAGCAGCAGUAUAUCAGCGUCUAAUGUUGACAGAUCAUAACUAUAAGGAAAUGGAGGAGAAGGGGUUGGUUAAAAUUUGGAAAUUGAUUUAUAACCACCUACCACAUCACUUGAAAGCCUGUCUCGCCUAUUUCUAUUUUCUCCAAAAAGCUAUGAAGGUCAGCUAUAUUUUCGACCUUUUCGAUUUCAAGGGAUUGAUAGUUGCAGAGGGGCUUGUAAAACCACUACCACCAUCUACAACAAUAGUAGAACUGGAAGAUAUAGCUGAAGAAUAUGUGAAGGAGCUCAUCAGUAGGAAACUGAUUCAAGUUACCGAAUGGAGUAUCGAUGGUAAAAUAGAAUAUACUAUCAUUCCCGACUGGCUUGUUUCCUUGUUGGAUCAGAUCAAUGGCAUAACAUCAUCAUCUGAUGAUGAUGUCAAUGUCAAUAGUAGUAAGAUGAAAAUUCAAAAUGUUAAAAAUCUUGGUGGCUGGGUCAUGUUCGACGAAGAUUACUUAUCCUGUUCUAGUACCUUAAAAGCACGCUCUUUAGCCGUCUCCUCGUCGUCGAUUAUGAGUACAGAGUCCGAGCGGAGUCUUUGUCUUCAAGAUAUGGGGUCGCUUAGGGUAGUCAUCAAUCUAGGGUCUCCAACAGAAUCCGAUAUCAUCUCUUACACAAGAAUUGAUCUGAUGAUUCAUCUAAGAUACCUGUAUUUGAGUGCCAGCAGAUCGUGUAGCCCCAGAACGAUUACGGAAUACCUGAGCGAACUCUGGAACCUUCAGUUUCUGGAAAUUAUAGGGCCUGGAGAAAAAGGACGAUUGAAGUUGGGGAAGAAUAGUCAAUUGAGGCAUAUUAUGUGUUAUGGCUUUUCUCUGAGUUUUUUGAAAGAAAAAAAAGUGAUCAAUAUUACUGAUGAUGAUAAUGGAGGAGAAGGAGGGCUAUUAAAGAAUCUCCAAACGCUGAUAGGCUUGGAUGUUGAAUUUUGUGUGGAGGAUGUCUUGUCUAUGACUCCAAAUUUAGUUACAUUAGGUCUAAGCAAGGGAACAAUUUCUCAGAAUCAACUAGACAUUCUUCCCUUAUUAUUGAAGCGCCUCCAAAAGCUGGAGUUGCAUUGUCAAAUAGGUGCAAACAGCGAAAUAUGUCACCAAAGCAUCACUCAACUCGUCCUCCGAUGCCGACGGAUCAAUGGGGGAGGAUACCUGAUUCGAGCACUGCGGAAGCUACAAAAUCUUCGCGUCCUUGAGUUACUAAAUGGUUCUAUUUCUUCCACCACGGAAGGUGAAGCUGGUGUUUUAGAUUUCAGUAGUAGCGAUGAUGAUGGGUUUCUUCGUCAGCUCAAAUUCCUGAAACUGGAAGAUUUGAAAGGAUUAAAGGAGUGGAAAAUGUCGGUGGGUGUAAUGCCAAGUCUUCAAAAGGUAUCUAUCAUAUUUUGUAGGGAUCUAGAGCGUCUCCCAUCAGAAGCUCUAAAGGCCAUCCCCACUUUGCAAGAGUUGGAGCUACGAUAUGUUGACAAUGAACAAGCAUUAAGAGACUCAAGACUUGUUGAGGAACAUCUCGAUAGGAAAAGAUCGGCUUAAGCUCCGUAUUACCCAGGAUACUGCAAUAUUGGUGAGAUUCAUAACUGAGUAAUUGUAAUGGGGAGAAGACGUAAACUCAGUGGGAAUCUUCAAGUACUACAAGUAGUAUUCAUGCAUCAGGAAUAUUUGAAUCGAAUCUCUUUUCUUUCACUGCUUCUUCAAUUCCGCCACUAAUAAUAAUAUUGUGGUUUCAUUUCCAUGGAGAUGCAUUGCAAUAAAGUUUGAUAUAGGCAGCUGUCUGGUUAAGCAGAAAUAUAUAAGUUAAUUUGGCUUUGAGAAUGCUGAAUUUAUUAAUUUCUUGCUCUCUAAGACGUCUUAUCAUGGUUUUCAAUUAUAUAUAUGUUGUAUGUUGAGCUACAGUUCAUCAGCACUACUUCCGUGAAGUUAACACUACGGCUGAUGGUCUUGCUAAGCAUGUGGUGGCCUCUCGGACCUCCAUAGUUUGGGAUUUUUCGCUAAGAUUCUCUGUUAAUGAUAUAAAAUGGGAUGCAUCUAAGAAAUUGA